AUGGCAAAUGGAGGUGGAAAUUUUCUGGCAAAUCUUCCAGUUCUUGAUGGCAAGAACUUUGACUAUUGGGUGAUAAGAAUAGAAGUCAUUCUUGGUUAUCAAGAAGUUCUUGAGGUUGUAAAGAAUGGGGUUCAAGAAAAGGAUGAUGCUGCAACUAAAAAGAAAGAUUGCAAGGCUCGUUGUUUACUUCAUCAGUGUGUGGAUAUGGUGAAUUUUGAGAAGAUAUCCAAAGCAAGAACAACCAAGGAGGCCUGGGAGAUCCUGCAGAAUGCAUAUGCAAGUGUAGAAAGGACCAAGAUGGUGAAACUCCAAUCUUUUCGAAGGCAAUAUAAGUUAUUGUCUAUGGCUGAUCAAGAAACAGUGGCUAAAUAUUUCAAUAAACUGCAAUUGCUGGUGAAUUCAAUGAGGAAUUGUGGUGAAACCAUCACAGAUCAUAAAAUGGUUGAAAAGGUACUGAGAACAGUAUCCUCUAAAUUUGACUAUGUUGUGGCAGCAAUAGAAGAAUGCAAGGAUAUUGGACAGCUGAAGAUAGAAGAACUUCAAGGAACACUUGAAGCUCAUGAACUAAAGAUGGUGAACAAGAUUGCUGAAAAGGCCAAGGAAGAGCAAGUUGUGCAGGCCCAAAUGUCAAACAUGGGUCAUUCUUCUCGUGGCAGAUGGAAGAAGAAAAAUUCCAUUGGCAGAUUCAGUAAAGGAGGACGAUCUGCCAAUCAAGAUCAAGCCUCAGGUGAAGGGAAAUCAGAAUCUUUUGACAAAACUAGCAGAGGUGGUUUUAGUGGUAAAGGAAGAGGUGGAAAGAAAGUGCAAGAUUUGAGAAAGAUUCAGUGUUACAAUUGUGAAAAGUGGGGACACUAUGCAGCAAAUUGCUGGCAUGGAAAAGGAAAGUAG